AUCGACAAAUACGGAUUGAAAGCAUUGGCUGGGUUGAUACGAAUGGAAAACAAUAAUCAAACCAAGGUGGCGAUUGGAUUUGAUUUGAAUAAAUUGAACGAUUUAAGUGACUUGGGACCUGGUCAAAAAUUGAGUUCGAAAUUUCGUUCUCCAUGGUUGGAAACUACAAGAAGCGAUGUUAUACCAGCUUAUAAAUUGCCUAAAGAAAUCAUUGAAUUGAACCGUAAAAAAAGGUAUUUUUUGCCUCCAGUUGCGACUAGAAUGAACAAACUCAACGAGGAUACGUUGUUUUACCUAUUUUAUACCAAACCAAAGGAUGUGUUACAGGAGUUUUCUUAUAGAGAAUUACAUGGAAAAGGCUGGAGAUUUCAUAAAGAAUUAAAAGUUUUCUUAAUCAGAGACCCAACUGCAAGAGUGCUUGAGCAAACUGCGGAAGGUAUGAGAACAGUUUUUAUAUUUUUUGAUUUUCAAUCAUGGAUAAGAGUUAAGAAGGAAUUUGUUGUGUAUUAUAAUGAUCUU